UCUUAUUAGCCUCUCAAAAAUAGUGACACUUACAUAGUGUCUGUAGUAAUUCUAAGUUCUAAAAAUGGCUCUCUCUUUCAAAAAACCAUUCAGCAUUGCCACAUUCAUCUUCUUCUUCCUCCUACUCUCUCUCCCACACUUCAUUGCUUCUGCUUCUCCCAAUGAUUUAUCAUGUCUGAAAGUUUCUCCUAUCAGUUUCACUAACUCUGCCAAAGAAGUUAUCACCAAUCUUCAACAAGUUACCUCCAUUUUAUCACGCUUUACAGGCGCUUUCGGACAAUCUCAUCUCUUAAAUGCUGUUUCCGAUUGCCUUGAUUUACUUGACAUGUCUGCAGACCAACUUGACUGGAUUAUUUCCGCCACUGAGAAUCCCAGAGGGAAGGAUAACGGUACUGGAAAUCUAAGCUCCGAUCUUAGAACAUGGCUGAGCGCUGUUCUUGUGAAUCAAGACACGUGUAUAGAAGGAUUACAAGGUACAAAUGUAAUGGGUCUUGUCUCCACUGAUCUUUAUGGUGUAAUGUCUUUGGUGAUGAGUCUUCUUGAUAAAGUAAUUCCCAAUGAUCAACACACAACCUCUACCAGUUCGGAUCAAUAUCCCUUGUGGAUGAAAGACGAGGACAUGAAGCUGUUGCAGGCAAACGAAACUACUGCAGAUGCUGUUGUGGCUGCGGAUGGAAGUGGGAAUUACAGUAAUGUAACGGAUGCGGUAAAGGCAGCACCUGAACUCAACAUGAAAAGAUAUGUUAUAUAUGUGAAAAAAGGUGUUUAUGUUGAGAAUGUUGGGAUUGAUAAGAAGAAAUGGAAUAUUAUGAUGAUAGGUGAAGGUAUGAACACGACUUUUAUCUCCGGUAAUCGGAGUUGUGUGGAUGGUUGGAAGACUUUCGGAUCAGCUACCUUUGCUGUAAAGGGUAGAGGAUUCAUAGCACGCGACAUUUCAUUUAUAAACACCGCAGGUCCAGAGAAGCACCAAGCAGUGGCAUUAAGAUCAGACUCUGACCUCUCUGUAUUUUAUCGGUGUGGGAUAUUCGGUUAUCAAGAUAGCCUAUAUCCCCACAGCAUGCGUCAAUUCUACAGAGAGUGCACAAUCACUGGUACUGUGGAUUUCAUCUUUGGAGAUGCCACGGCCGUGUUCCAGAAUUGUCAAAUAAUAGCCAAGCAAGGGAAGCCUGAUCAAAAGAACACCGUUACCGCUCAAGGACGACAAGACCCAGGCCAACCAACCGGUUUCUCCUUCCAAUUUUGCAACAUUUCAGCCGAGAAUGAAACCAUCCCAACAUACCUUGGUAGACCCUGGAAGAAUUUUUCGCGGACAAUCUUCAUGCAAUCACACAUGAGUAACGCGAUAAGACCAGAAGGGUGGUUAGAGUGGAAUGAAACUUUUGCUUUUGACACAUUGUACUAUGGUGAAUACAAUAACUCUGGACCGGGGGCUGAGCUAGCUAACAGAGUGAAAUGGCCGGGUUACCAUGUGUUCAAUGACUCGAGCGAUGCUAAUAAGUACACCGUGGCUCAAUUUAUUGAAGGCAAUCUUUGGUUACCCUCCACUGGUGUUAAUUACACUGCUGGUUUGUAAUUCAAAAUGCAUCAAACAAAAUCUUUGUAAAUGGGUUACUGUUAACCCCAAUUAAUUAGUAACUGAUUAUUAGAUAUUUUCACAUAGCAACAUCAAAUAAUGAAAUAUCCAAGUAAAACCAAAGCUACAUAGUUGUUCUGAUCUAACUACA